AAUCUUCAGUAAUUAAGCUGUAUAAUGAGGUAUCAAAGUAUUAGCGAUAUGGAUGAAGAAUUACUGAAACGGGAAUAUGAUUUGGAUGAAGACAAUGGUUGUACCUGUAAUUUCUUGCGCCAUAAUUGUCGUGAUCAGUGCUUGAAUAAAUUUCCAUGGCGUCGUUUACUUAAAUCAAUACUCACUUUGUCGAUUCUGAUGAUGUUGUUCUUCGGCAUGGCUUUAAUCAUUCUCCUAACUCCUAAUCAGCCGACGGUUGAGUUCAAGUCUAUGGAGGUCUCCAACUUCACAAUUUCUUUUUCUCUUCCUUCUCCUUACUCGAAUUGGAACAUGAGUGCGACGUGGAAGACGAAAUUUCUGGUCCGAAAUCCUAACCGGCGACUCCAGAUAUCGUACAGUGAAAUAGUGACAGCGGUUUAUUAUAAGAAGGAGCGGCUGUGGUCGGCGGAGGUCGAAUCGUUUUGUCUGGAGAAAGAGAGCGAGAAGACGGUGGUGAGUACGGUGGAGAUGAGAGCUCCGACGGCCAUUGAAGAGAAGGCGGCGUUUGAGAUGGAAGUGGAUCGGUUUAAAGCAGGAGCGGUGGAGUUCAAUGUGGAGAUUGGCGGUAAGGUCUGGUUCAAGCCUGGUUCAAAAUGGAUGUGGGGAAAACAAAGCGUGAUGGCGAAGUGUGAGAAUGUGCAGGCUAGGGUUUUGGUUGAGAAAGAUGGAAGUAUCAGCUUGGUAGAAGAUGGUUCAAGAAACUGUAGGGUCAUUUUCUCUCUGUACAAAUCAUAG